GGUGAAACCCCCCACUAGCUCAAGUAAUGGAUUAUCCCAGUGUACACGCAUGCGUGUGGGGCAGUUCUGUAAAGUGGAUAUAUCUGGUUUGACAUUAAAGUCUGGUCUCCCACAGUUUUGGCCCUGACGUCGUCUGUAGUGCCCGCUUAGCGCCCGGCCCUCGGGGUCGGGCGGGUAACAAUUUGGAGGUUCCACCGAGAUCAAAAGUUCCAGGAAAAACGGAGCGGAUGGCGCGGUAACAGCCCGUGAAGUUGGAGAGAAGCGGCAAGAGAGAAAGGUCGUCUGACGGAAGUUCCCGCCGAAACGGUCACGUGACGCGACGGAACGUGGGACGAGAGGUCAGAGGUUAGUUCUCCGGUUUCACAACAAAGAUGGCGGCGCCCAUAAGACGACGGAAGUAAGGGGGAGGGCUACCGUACCUACAAGAAGAAAUUGGAAGUAACCUGUGCCAACUCAGUAUAGCAUCGUUGUGAGAAGACAUACAGAGAGGGGAAAGUAGCAGACUUUCACUCGUCAGUGUGGCCUGUAGGCUGUACCAGCUUCAGCGGGAAAACCAGGAAAACGGCACAUGUGGUUGGUGUCAAGUUACCGAUCAGCUCGGCAGAAGAGUUGCGUCACUCACCAGCAUUGCCAGAGGUCAACCCACUGAGGUAACCCUAGUAAACAAGAUCCACCACUCAAGUGAUGGAGGAGACCAGGAAGGCACUGGGGAGAUCAAGAACGUCAAUCAAAUUGUGUCCCCACAAUGGAAAGAAGAUGACAAGCACAGGCUGGCAAGCACACGAGACUGUGGCAAAAACAGAGGAAGAACUGAUGCGGUCGGGACCGUUAAGUAGCCGACAUCAGGCAUGAGCAAGCAGGACUUUCGCAUGUUUAACAUUUUGUUAAGUUAUAGAUUGAAUUCAUAGGGUACGUUUAGUAUGUAGAUUAACAAUUAGCAUUCAUACAGAGUUGUCUAGUUAUUGUCUAUGCUGAAGAAGUCUGGUACCAGAGCUAUGAUCCAAGCAAUGGGCAUGGAGGCCCAGAAAGGUUAGCACUUUGGACUCUGAAUCCAGCGCUACAAUAAAAUAUGGUUGAGGAAUUCAGGUAGACAUUAGAAUUCAGGGAUGCUUAGUUUGAGGGUUAAGGACAGUCCAAGAAAACAAAAGUUGAGGAUGGCCGGAUCUAAAUCCAAGAACACAAAGUUUGAGGGUGUAGUGGAACCAACCCAAGACAACAGAGUUGAGGAUGGCCGGUAAGAAAUCCAAGAAUACAAAGUUUGAGGGUGUAGUGGAACUAACCCAAGACAACAGAGUUGAGGAUGGCCGGUAAGAAAUCCAAGAAUACAAAGUUUGAGGGUGUAGUGGGACCAACCCAAGACAACAGAGUUGAGGAUGUCCGGUAAGAAGUCCAAGAUACCGAGUUUGAGGAUGUCACGGAACCAAACCCAAGACUGCCAUGUUUGAAGUCACUUCCAGAAAAUGGAUGUCAUCUAGAGAAGUUUGAAUGAAGUUCACUGAAAACUUACGGGGAUACAGGUGUCAGACGGACAUAAGCUGCAACUCAGCUCCAUAGUUAUACAAUUGUGCAAGAACUGUUAGGUUGACAUGCUUUGUACAAGUAGAGUUAUCCUUAUGAUCGACAUUAGAUAUUGGCAAAGGCAACUGUUAAUAAGUGACAUACAUAUUGUAGUUCUGUUUUUACUGUUAUUGGCAAUGUCGGGACGACAUUUUAGUGAGAGGGGGAGUGUGUAGCGGAAGCAGGACGACUCGGACCAUUUCCAACUCGGCCCACUGGAAAUCUGGUCAACUCGGCCCAUCUGCCGGGACAAGUCGGACCAUCCCAUGGACAAGUCGGACCACCCCCUUAGUCAACUCGGACCAUCGCCCUUGGUCAACUCGGACCAUUAUUGGAGACAGAAAUUAGACACAAACGCACAAUAAUAAUUUUCGAUAUACAAUGUACAUCGAGCUUUAAUCAUCGGUUGUGUUCAAUUUAAUCCAACUGUGUUCAUUUUUUUCCACGGGUAAUGAGUAGAACUGGUGCUACUCCUAACUCAACAACGUCAAAAAAGACGGCGUGAGCCGGUCGGCAAAAAUAUCUUACUAAGUAAAAAUAUCUACCCCUUGUCACUUACACAAAUGAAAUAGCAGCGAAUGGCACCGAGAACAAAAGAAACAUAUGGUUGACCAAACUGUCUUCUUAUUCACAAGUUCUGAGCUUGGAGCUAGUAUCGUUGAUGCAUGAUUUGGUUAAAGAAAUCCCAAACAAAAACAAAGGAAAACAUGGCGUCUCCGCCAGGGGCAAGCUAUCCCACGGAUCACUGCGGUAAGUUAGCAAACGGCGGGAACUUUGAAUAUAUGUUUAUUUGACACUUUGUAAAUGUGUCUCUGUCCUACAAUGUCUAACUGUGACUUUGAGGUUUUUGACGUCCCAAACCGCCGGCGCUUAUGCAAUCAACACGAUUUUGAAUAGACUUUUAGAGACCGCCGCGUUUUGUCAGACAACUUUUAGCUGUUGACUUUGACGUCCCAAACCGCCGGCGCUUAGGCAAUCGACGUGAUUUUGAAUAGACUUUUAGAGACCGCGGCUUUUUGUCAGACAACUUCUAGCUGUUGACUUUGAAGUUUUUGACGUCCCAAACCGCCGGCGCUUAGGCAAUCAACGUGAUUUUGAAUAGAGACCGCGGCUUUUUGUUAGACAACAUGUUGGGCUAUAAAACAGAUAUGUUAUGGCAAACCAGUCUAGUUGUCAUCCAGUUUACACCCGAGAGCGGCAGUCAUGGUUACUUGUGUAGUAUGCAGGAAAGCGGUUCGUCGGAGACAGGAGGCACUACAAUGUGAUUGCGAGAAGUGGCAGCAUCGUGCUUGUCAGACAGGUAUCUCCAGAGAGAGCUACCGACGCAUGAAUCGAGGGGAGGCCAAUGAAGAGCUGGCGGCUUGGAGGUGCAACGACUGUUCUCAGCUUCAGCCCGAAGAUGACGACAUGUACAGUCAGUCUGAGUCCGAAGAUGAAGAGGACGUAAACGGUCUGUCAGACUUCAGUCACGGAACUGUGUCUGAUGUCGAAGACGUUCAGGAGCUACCACAGCGGCAUCCUGACGACGUGACAUUCGACGAAGACCCGUACGUCAACGACAACCCGGCUACUACCUUCACCUUGAUCCCCGCAUCCACGCAAAGGGGCAAGGGCAAGCUGAUUAGCAGUGAUGGGUAUACCUACACGUUCAAGAGGGAUACCCAGACCAGCGUGCACUGGCGAUGCGCCGUGAGAAACAAAACCACCGACUGUCCUGCAACCGUGAUACAGAAAGGAGAUGUGUUCGAACCGGGCCUGCCGGAUCACAUACAUCCAGCCAAUCAGGACGCAGAACUCCGUGCUAGAAUCACUGUAGACAUCAGAACGAAGGCCCCACAACAGAUCUUCGAACCGGCAUCGAACCUCGUGGACGAGGUGAUUGUAGCCAACGCAGACAACCCAGGUCUACCGAGCCAUGCAGCCCUCAUCCGACAAGUCAAUCGGGCCAAGUCCAAGCUUCGACCGGACGAACCUCAAGAUUUGGACUUCGAACUCGACAUCGGGCACAUCCCAGAGGACUUCCUGGUUGAGGACAUCGAGGUGACGUCACCGAGAACGGGAGCUAAGAACAGGCACAUCCUCCUCGCUACCCCGUACCAGAUUGAGCGCCUCGCAGAAGCCAAACGUUGGUAUGUGGACUCUACGUUUAAGGUUGUACGUGCUCCUUUCUAUCAGUUAUUCUCAGUGCACGCGUUCAUCAGGCGCGGAGAAGACGUCAAACAAGUACCCCUCGCCUUCGCCUUCAUGUCCGGCAAGCGCAGGAAGGACUACGAAGCCGUACUCCAGGAACUGCGAAACGCACUGCCGGAUGAGAUCGAACUAGAGGAGUGCGUGAUGGACUUUGAGGUAGCAGCAUGGCAGGCGUUUGCACUUGUGUUUCCUGAUGUACGGUUCAAGGGGUGUGUGUUUCACUGGUGUCAGGCGGUAUGGAAGAAAGUGCAGGAGCAUGGGCUGCAGACGGCGUACCGGAGAAACCAGCGCGUCCAUGCCUGGGUUAGACAACUCAUGGCACUCCCCUUCUUGCCAGCCGCCAGCAUUCCCGCAGCACUGGAAGAACUGACGAGGAAAUCAGCAGGAGAGCUGACCAGCCUGGCUGAAUACGUGAGGCAGACCUGGCUCAACAGUACCAUCUUCACUCCACGUCGCUGGAGCGUCUACAUGCAGUCUGUGCGAACGAACAACGAUCUAGAAGGGUGGCAUAGAAGGCUCAACAUGAAGGCAAGGAAGGCCAAGCUACCCUUCUAUCUGCUGGUGGACCUGCUGCACAGGGAGAGCCUCAUCGUGAAAGCCCAGGUCCGCAUGGUGUGCGAGGGGCGCCUCCGCAGUCAUCAGAGGCAGAAAUACAAGAAUCUCCAGGGCAAGAUCUUCACAGCAUGGGAGCGGUUCGACGACGACUUCUACACGGCAAGGGAGCUGCUCGAGGUGUGUGCCCGAAUCUAUGGCCCGACCAUCCGCCACAUCCGCCUGACCUCCGACGACCGUCAGUAAGUCACACUUGUUAGCACAAUCAGCAUGAGACAACACUAUUUAACACUGUAGAAAACACUAUUCAACGCAUUCAAAGUUCCCGCCCAAGUUUCGUGAAAGGAAAAAAUAUAUUCAAAAUUCCCGCCGUUUCCUAACUUCGUUAGUUCCCGCCGUUUCGCAGUGGUUCAUGGGAUAGCUUGCCCCCAUCGAAGACGCCAUGUUUUCCUUUGUUUAUGUUUGUGAUUCCUGGCUCAACUUGUACGUGUAUAUACUUUAGAUAGUUUGCCCAAUCGCUUCAUGUGUUCAUUACUAUAAUUUUGGUAGCCUUUGCCGUUAACUAAUCUCGCUUUGUAGAGUAGUAUUUGCCGUCAACUAAGCUUGUAAGCUCGAAAUACUUUGUAGAUAUUUUUGCCGACCGCAUGCGACGAUGUAUACGAAGACAGCGAAAUAAUAUGUGAAUGUAAAAAUGGCUCAACUUGUACGUGUAUAUACUUAGUUUGCCCAAUAGUGUGUUCAUCAGUAUGAUUUUGGUACUCUUUGCCGUUUAAACUAAGAUCGCUUUGUAGAGUAGUAUUUGCCGUUAACUAAGCUCGAAAUACUUAGUAGAUAUUUUUGCCGACCGGCUCACGCCGUCUUUUUUGACGUUGUUGAGUUAGGAGUAGCACCAGUUCUACUCGUUACCUGUGGAAAAAAAACACAGUUGGAUUAAAUUGAACACAACCGAUGAUUAAAGCUCGAUGUAUAUCGAAAAUUAUUAUUGUGCGUGUGUGUGUUUGUGUCUAAUUUCUGUCUCCAAUAAUGGUCCGAGUUGACCAAGGGCGAUGGUCCGAGUUGACCAAGGGCGAUGGUCCGAGUUGUCCCGGCAGAUGGGCCGAGUUGACUGGGCCGAGUUGGUAAUGGUCCGAGUCGUCCGACAUUCGUGUGUAGCAUGGUGAAACCCCCCACUAGCUCAAGUAAUGGAUUAUCCCAGUGUACACGCAUGCGUGUGGGGCAGUUCUGUAAAGUGGAUAUAUCUGGUUUGACAUUAAAGUCUGGUCUCCCACA